CACUUAUAUGAAGGGGUACUGCGCCGUCAAUGUAGCCUUGUGACGGUUCAGGCCACUUCUCAGCUUGGAAGUUCAUUUUCUGCGCGGCUGGGAUGUGUUCCGUGCUGUUGUGUCGCCUUACUCUGCGUUCAACUUCCUUUUAGCCACCGGACUAUCCAGGGCCCAUGGCUUCCCUGCUCUUCCUUUAGAUUCCUUGCCGCCAGAAAUCUCUUCUUCCUAAAUAGCCUCCUUGCACCUUUUUGUAGCACAUCGAUUGAUGAUGAAGCGCUGUCGCUUGUAUCGCCAUAUUCAUCGAACCUGCAGGUUGGAAGCAGCGCCGUCCUUCCGCCGUCUUCGUUCAAGAUGUCAAACUAGUCUUGGAGCAUCUUUCGAUGUCGGGGUUGGAAGUAGCUAUCUUUCGAUGCCCCGGUAAUGGUUCUACAUAUAGAGUCGGAGACGUUACACGACCGCGCUGUGAUGCUGUCCGUGUGACGCCGUCUUGUCUAUUCCUACGCUUCUUUGGGUGACCUCGCUAUACCAAAUAGACCCAUUUGACGUUCGCGAUUCAGACAAAGGCCGUCUCACGACUGACUCACUUUGUCUCCAAACAGGUCGAAUGGAGAUUAUUUGUACCGUGCAGGAGAACCACGUUUGGCAGGCCCGAUUGUUGCUGUUGCCAUUUCAAGGUGAAAUGAAUGACACGCCAUAGCAGCUUCCCUUAUUAGGGACGAUCGUGACGUAUGGAUUCCAUCGACAGGUCCUGCUCGUCGCAUAGCGCCAGCUGUUACAAAAGCCGGUCCAAGCUGUUCAAAGCGAUGAUAAGGCUGGACAGACGUAAAUAGGCGUAAAUGUCGAGCAAUGGACGCUACGUACGGGGCAUUCGACCAGUUUGAUCUCGUUCUCUGCAGUUAGAUAAAGGAAUAUCGUCAUUACUGUCGAUCCUUCGGUUUCGACAAUCAUCCGACAAACGUUCAGUCGUUGAUUAUAUGACUUCGAGCGUUAAACUCAGGCUCGCACCCUCUACAGAGUAGUCGUUCGCAACGAUGGUACGUGCGUUUUUGAGACCUGAGUUUGUUCUUAAGUCAGGAGCGAACAUUAAGUCACUUAAAACAACGCGGAGAAGUACUAACGAUCGUUUUCGAAGUAUCGGAGCACGCUCGGGAAGAUCGUCAUCCAUACCAUGGCGGUCGCUCUCCAUGUCUGCACCUCCACGGGUCUGGAACAGAUAUAUUGUGAAUACUGGCCAAAGGGAGUUGAUCUGUGAAACCUCUCGCAACUAGCUCUUCGUAUGUUGAAAACCCGCCAGGGCAUUCUGUGUGCUCCUUUGCCUCGAUGGCCCUUACCCCGAAUGUCACGGAUCCUUUAUUCCCUAGUUCCGUUUCGCUCCUAUGUAUGUGGCUUUCUGGUUUUGCCACUCGUUCUGCCACUCAUGCAAAGGCAUCAGACCGAGCACCCCGCACACAAGCUGUGGAGUCGUCCUUUGUUCCAUCAGAGCCACGCACUGCGUCUCUUUCCCAAGCGGAGUGGGGUCGGACCUCGAGUUACGAGCGCUUUGACCUCUGACAAGAUUGCUCCGAGAAUCGAUAUUCCUGUUUCCCGCCUUCACUGCUUUGCAUCGUAUACUUGUUUCCUAUUCACAGCUCAGAGCGUCUUUCUGUGUCUAUGUAUACUGUGGUUAGCAGUGCAGGCGUUAAGGAUUUACUCUGCGUACUAUGCAUGACACUAGUACUGCGAUUUGCAGUUCCGAACCCGUAUCGCAAAAGUACAGUCCCGAAAGCAGACUCAUGGGAAGGAUCGUGACUCCGGCUAGGCGCGCGCUAGUGGCAAAGAUACGAAGGAGCUCCAGAAGAAUAUGACAAAUCGGACAAACCACGCACGUCGAAGAAAGGAACUCUUUUGCCACACGACCUUGCGAUUGGUCCAGGACGACUUUUUCCGACCACGAGGCCUGCGUAUGGAAAGAGUUUUGCGCCCGGGUCAAUUGGCAUCGGCCCUCGACUGUUUGCCUCGUGUGCCCCUCGAGGACGUAUAUCUCGCCAAUGGCUCGCGCGUUCGGCUCGCCUACCCCACGCUCCCCCAGUCCACUGUCCUCCCUUUUCGUGCGUCUGGUUUCUCCUCAUAAGUCGGACCAGGACUUGGAAUGUGGGGCUCCCGUUGGCCUACACGGUACUGAAGGCCUGUCUAGCUGCGCUUGCAUCUGUUCCACUUUGUGCAGACAUUGAGGCCCUCAUCUGCUUUCCCUACGUUCAGCUCUCGCUCUCGCUCUCUGACACUCUUCUAUACCACGUAUUACGAAACAUCACGACCUUCGGCUCUAUUCUCGCUCGCACGUCGUUCAUCAUGUUUAAUAAGCUCAAGAAGACAAGAGAUUCAGUCUCGUCGCCGGCCGGGACACCCAAGGCUCCGCGGUUAGGGACGAAGAAGCUGCCGGACGUAGGGAGUAGCACUCCCGUCCCAGUUCUACCCUCUGCGAGGGCCGAUAUAGCCCAGCCAAAGCCGAUAAGGGCGCAGAGGCCUCGCAUGCCCAGUGUCGACGAGGGGUACUGUACCUCCCCCGAGGCAUCGACUAUAACCAGUUCGACGUCCACAGCCAAUCGUAGACGCCCAUCCGAUGCAAGCUCGACGACGACUAGCGCUGAAGGACCACCCGCACCAUCGAAGCCGAAAGGGAUUCUGAAGAAGGAUACGCCCCUCGUAAGACCUAGACCGCUUCGAGCUCACGAACUGGACGGCUACGCCUCCAGUCCUGAGAAACCCUCGCGUUAUCCGUCUGUGCCUCCACGCGGCGACCCCAGAGCUACAAGACCUCCCAAUCGUCCAUCGCCUUUAGGCAUCAUGCCCCCAGUCUCUCUCCACUGGAAGCUUCUCCCCUACAAUCACCAGAUCUCCAAGGCGCGUGUCAUCUUCGAUAUCUCUCAACGUGUUGAAGACAUCCGUCUUCUGUACACGUACCCUCCACGUCCUCUCACGACUAUCGAGCGCAAUAAGCCCGCCGCGAAUCCGGCCUUGCAGGACAUGGUCAUUCGCUGCGAUGAGCUUCCUGAAUGGCCAAUAUAUGUCUCGCGCCCGGCAGGGAUCCGCUGCGUCGAUGUAUUCGAGGCCAUCAACGACGCUUGUAAUCUCGUACUGACGCAGCCGGAGAAGAGGAGUCACGGACCAAGAGUGCGGGAGUGCCAGCACUUCUUCGAGGAAAGAUGUAGGUCGAUGAAGUCCGACGCAGAGAAGGCGAAGGGCAUGCGUCGAGUGGAUCUGUUACGGGGGAAGACGUACUUCCAGGGAAUGGACUGGACGCCGCCUGAGAAGCAGUAUCCGGACGGUUCCUGGAUGCUCAAGCUUGGGUAUCAGACCAACUAUGGUCGUUGAAUCCUUGCUCGCGGUCUGUAGGAUGCGUCUCAGCGACGUACUGAGGACCGUCACUUACCUUUCGCCUGACGGGGAUCAGGGCCGGACCCCAGUUUUCUUCUUUCUCUCUAAACGCUAUCAUAUCUGUGUUUUCGUCUUGUUCCCUCUGGCUCUAUCACUCUUUGUACCAUCACCACCACCUUGCACGCCGUCACCACCACUUUUCAUCUGCUCGCAUCGUCCAUUUAUUCGUGCCCUGCUAUCAUUCUCGUUAAUCUUCAUAUCGGAAACCGCACUUAGUCGCCUCUUACCUCGUGAUAUCCUUCUGCAACUUCAUACCACUAUGCCUCAUCUGCCUUUACGCCACCACAUCUCAAUCGUUUAUCGCAGUAACGCAUCGCAUGAGCUUCGUCAUUCCUCAUCUCACCAGCCCAUCCCACUCUGCGGGACCCUCGCCUUUUAUUUUUCCUCUUCUUUCCAAUCCCAUAUUAACCUCGACUAGUCAGUUUUCUGCUCUUCUACGCAUCGCUUUCUCUUGCGCCCUCCAGGCGUCUGUACCGUUGUACGUGUACAUAUUGCCGUCUUUCGCGGCUUUCUCUGAUCCUCUGGCGGGGUCCCCCGAGAUGUAGCUCGUUCACUCGUAACUCGUAGCCAUAGCAUCCUCACCCCCUUUAUCUUCUUUUAUGUCAUCCAUAAACUCGGUUGGUGUCUCUUUCUUCCCGUAUGUUCACCCCCACACUUCAAAGCUUCGUAGUCUUCCAUGCAUUCAUUAGUAGGUCGCUAAGCUCUGCAAUCCCAUCACUUCAC